GUGUCAGUCCCGUUCCCUCACGAUUCCGUACCCUCUCUCUUCUCCAUUUCUUCCUAUUUUCUCAAGCCCUUUUCUAUUUUCUCGAGAAAAUCUAGGCUUCACUCCGCAUCGUGAUCAACUCCACCACUUGGAAUUUACAAAACACACACACACAGUCAUAGUCAUAUAUAUAUAUAUAUAUAGACAUACGUACAAAAUUUUGUAGAUGGAUCGGAGAAGACAAGCGAGUCCGGUGUACACGCGGCAGUGGAGCGGAGGCUCAAGCAGCACUGGUUCUUCUUCUCCGGCGAUGUCUCCGGCGCACCCUACCUCCCGCCCCGGUUACUCUACCAUCAAGCGGACCCAAAAUGUCGCCGCUAAAGCCGCGGCUCAGCGGCUGGCUCAGGUUAUGGCUUCGCAGACCGCAGCAGAUGACGAAGAUGAUGACGACGAUCUCGGAUUUCGGUUCGCUGCUCCGACUCCUCCUUCUUUCUCGAGCAAUUCUUCUGUUAACUCUUCGAAUGCUUCUAUCCCUUCGAUUUCGGGGCCUCGAGCUAAUAGAUCUCCUUCUCCUGCGUUAGGUCGGAACUUUGUAGAGCAAAAUACUACUUCAGUUCGUUCCACGUCUGCUGGAAGAUCAUCAAUGUCUGUUCGCUCAGCAACGAUAGUGCCGACGAGCAGACCCACCUCGCUAAGAACUCCAAUGUCUAUACCUCCACUUGAACCUCCUACUAAUAGGAAUAGUAAUAAAAGGUUUACGGCAGAUAUUGGACAGCUCAACUUAAAAUCCUCCGGAGAUCAGCGUGAAGCUUCGGCUCUUCGUGAUGAACUCGACAUGCUACAAGAAGAGAAUGAGGUUAUACUAGAUAAGCUUCGCAGUGCAGAAGAAAGGCAUGAGCAAGCAGAGGCAAGAGCGAGGGAACUUGAGAAACAGGUUGCUUCCCUUGGAGAGGGUGUAUCCCUGGAGGCCAAAUUAUUGAGCAGGAAGGAAGCAGCCUUGCGUCAAAGAGAGGCUGCUCUCAAUGCUGCAAAACAAUCCAAGGGUGGGAGAGAAGAAGAAAUUGCAGCCCUUCGUUCAGAACUUGAGAACUUCAAGGAUGGGGCUGCAACUGCAGUGGAACAGCUUCGAGAGGCAGAAUCUGAGGCAAAGGCUCUUCGUUCAAUGACCCAACGAAUGAUUUUGACUCAAGAAGAGAUGGAGGAAGUUGUUCUGAAGAGAUGCUGGCUUUCUCGCUACUGGGGUUUAGCUGUACAGCAUGGCAUAUGUGCAGAUAUAGCAGUGUCGAAACAUGAGCACUGGUCCUCGUAUGCUCCUCUUCCAUUUGAAGUUGUGAUUUCUGCCGGACAAAAAGCUAAGGAGGAAUCUUGGAAUACAGGUGCUGAUGAUCCUGAUAGAAGCAAGCUUGUUCGGGACUUAAGUGAUCUUACAGGGGAAGGAAAUAUUGAGAGUAUGCUUUCAGUGGAAAUGGGUUUAAGAGAAUUAGCUUCUCUAAAGGUUGAGGAUGCUGUUGUGCUUGCUUUGGCCGUGCACAGAUGUCCAAAUUCUGUUAGACAGUCCAUUACAGAUUCCAAGUCACCUGGUGAUCCCAAGUUUUUGGAGGCAUUUGAACUAGGUGAAGAGGAGGGUGAAGAUGUUCUUUUCAAAGAGGCUUGGCUUACUUACUUUUGGAGAAGAGCUCUUGUACAUGGUGUUGAAGAGGAUAUUGCAGAAGAGAGGCUCCAAUUUUGGAUCAGCCGCAGCGGACAGCCACCAACUUCACAUGAUGCUGUGGAUGUGGAGCGAGGUCUAUUGGAGCUGAGGAAGCUGGGUAUAGAACAGCAACUUUGGGAAGCAUCCCGUAAGGAAAUUGAUCAACCCCAUUCCGUUGCUAAUCACAAAUCCACCAUAUUUUCAGAGUAUAAUUAGCCGUAGAUUUCUUCUUGGUACGGUGUCUAAUUGUCUAUUCUUUUUCUAAAUUUUCUUUUUCUCUUUUAUUUCUUCUUGGACAAUUUUGUUUUUGUUUUCGUUUUGGUUUUUGUUAUUUUGUAUAAAAUGCCCUUUCGACAAUGCGAUAUUUAUUGUUGAAUCCAUCAUACAAGAAGCUGUACAAGCAAAAUUGCAUUUAAAGUCCGAGUAUAAAUUCAUUUUUUAUUUAAUUGAA